UGACACCUCGAUAGAGGAAUACUUCCAAACCAGGCAACCUUUCAGCUGUCACGGAAAGAAGUAGGGUAGUUUGCCAGCCACGCACUUGAUUCAUCAUGCAAGCCGGUGGGUCACAGGGAGACGAAACUAUUUGAAAUUCAAUCCAAUGUGACAGUAAGGAGAGAAUACUGUUCAUGGUGAAAUUAACACCACCAUCGAAGACGGUCUAUGAUUGGUCUCAGCAAGAAUGUGUCUUAGUGCUACAGUUAAAGCAAGUGGACAGUAGAGGGAAGGGACUGUACUGUACGAGCUUGUGUCCUUGUUGCUUCGUUUCUACUACUUAGCUAGCUUUAAGCUAGCGCUAACUAGCUUGCUAGUAAACUGUGUCUUGCAGCUUAUCGUGUCAAUGUAGCUAGCUAGCUUGCUUGCUAAACUAUUAGCCACUAUUCGUAAAACCUAUGACAACUUGUUUUGCUGCGUACUGCGUGACGUUGUAUUGGUUUGAAACACCGACUGGUGGAUUGCUAGGUAGUUGGUUUCUUAAUAGUUAUGAACAGUUAUAGAAACAAGGCAUCUUUUCUAAGCUCUACUCAGAGCCCUAAUAGUAAUAACAAAGGCUCAUCAGCUGCCAGCAAUAACAAUCAGGAGUGGGACUUGGGAAAUGAUGUGUUUGUGUGCUGUUACGAGCAACCCAUGGGCGAAAGAAUGCAGGCCGGGAUGCACUCUGUUCAGGCGGGCCUGGACAGACACCUGCCGCUACUCCGCGGCUCUCAGGACGGUAUGAUGCUGGGCUUGGAGAAUGCCUUCCCCGGUUGUCACAACCAGAAUUCUUCCGCAGCCUACCUCGACACUGGUCUGGACUACACCGUUAAUGACAGGGAUAUUGGCGUUCCUCUGUUUGAGAGUAGAAAGCGGACUCGCUCCAACAGUUCCAGACACCGGUAUGAGGUUGUCACAGAACUCGGUCCCGAAGAAGUGCGGUGGUUUUACAAAGAGGACAAAAAGACUUGGAAGUCGUUCGUUGGACACGACUCGUUGAAAAUCGAGGUCGCGUACCGUAAAUUCUGCGAACUGAACCCUGGAAUAAAACGCCAGGGCACUGCAGGCACGGAGGUGAGGGGUGAGGACGCGCCUAGCAGUGGGGUAGAGGUGACAAACGGGGGUAUCAACGGAGUUGAGAGAGGUGGACUGGUUCCUGUGGAGACAAGAACUAGCUGUUUGCAUGGAGACACUGGGUCUUUGGAAAGAUCCACCUCUACAGACGAAAGAGACCUUGACAACAUCAUCAUCAACGUAGAGGCUGUCUGUGUCAGGGGGGGGCUGUAUGAGGUGGAUGUCAAAGAGAGAGAAUGUUUUCCUGUUUACUGGAAUCAGCAGGACUGCAUCCCCGUCAUGCGGGGCAUGUGGUUCAUCGACGGCACCUGGCUCCCGCUGGAGGAGGACGAGAGUGACCUCAUCGAGCUGGAGCACCUGACCUCUUUCCGCGGCCAACACAUGCAGGACAGCUUCGAGUCGGACGUGGUCGCCAAGACCGUGGACAGCAAAGACGUUCUCUCCCACCUGCCUCCUUUCUACCUCCCCUUUCUGUUCAAAUGGAGCGGAUAUCAGACGAGUGCUAAAACUACAUGUCACAAGCGCAAGCGUUGCCAAGCCGUCCACAGCCUGAAGCUGAGCAGGACCCAUGUGGACUGGCACAGCGUGGACGAGGUCUACCUCUACAGCGACGCCACCACCUCCAAGAUCGCGCGCACCGUCACACAGAAACUGGGCUUCUCCAAAGUGUCCAGCAGUGGGACCCGGCUCCACCGCGGCUACGUGGAGGAGGCCUCCUUGGAGGACAAGCCCCCCCAGACCACACACAUCGUCUUCGUGGUCCACGGCAUCGGACAGAAGAUGGACCAGGGGCGCAUCAUCAAGAACACUGGCAUGCUAAGGGCUGGCGUGAGGAAGAUGGAGGAGCAGCACUUUUCCGAGAACACGGAGGAGCAUGUGGAGUUUCUGCCCGUUGAGUGGCGCUCCAAACUGGCUCUAGACGGAGACACGGUGGACUCCAUCACCCCGGACAAGGUGAGAGGACUGAGGGACCUUCUGAACAGCAGUGCCAUGGACAUCAUGUACUACACCAGCCCCCUGUACCGCGACGAGAUCACCAAGGGCCUGACUCAGGAGCUGAACCGCCUCUACUCCCUGUUCUGCUCGCGGAACCCCGAGUUCGAGAAGAACGGGGGCAAGGUGUCCAUGGUGUCCCACUCGCUGGGCUGCGUGAUCGCCUUCGACAUCAUGACGGGCUGGGACCCCGUGCGCUUCUGUCUGCAGGAGCACCAGGACCUGGAGCAGGAGCUGGACCUGCGCUGGAUCAGCUACGAGGAGAGACACCUGCUGGAGCAGCUCAGGCUCACCAGGAACAGGCUACGAGAGCUAGAAGAUAAGCUCCAAGGCCUGGAGGCCUCCAAGCCCUCCGCCCCCCCGGCUCUCGGGUUCAAGGUGGAGAACUUCUUCUGCAUGGGUUCCCCCCUGGCUGUGUUCCUGGCCCUUAGAGGGAUCCGUCCAGGGACCAGCGGAUCCCAGGACCACAUCCUGCCUCGCGCCAUCUGCCAGAAGCUCUUCAAUGUGUUCCACCCCACCGACCCUGUGGCCUACCGACUGGAGCCUCUGAUCCUGAAGCAUUACAGCAACACCUCCCCGGUCCAGAUCCACUGGUGCAGCGCCACCAGCCCCACCCCCUACGACCAGAUCCGCCCCACCUUCCUCAACCCCUCCAAGGAGCCCACGUCGGACACGGAGAGCAUCCCCAGCCCCAGCACGUCGCCCGUCCUGCCCCGCAGGCACUAUGGGGACUCCAUAACCUACCUGGGCAAGGCCAGCAUCAUGGGCGCGGCCAGUAUAGGAAAGGGCAUCGGAGAGAUCCUGUUCUCUCGUUUCUCUCGCUCCAGCAGCCAGCCCUCAGUGUGCGGAGGAGUGGAGGGAGGCUCCACCUCCGAGGGGGAGGAGCCCAAGAGAACUGUGGACAGCCAAUCAGCAAACGGGCUCUCCUCCAUGUCCCAGUCCACCUCCACGAUCGCCGACACGUCACUGGAGCUGGACAGGCGCAUCGACUUUGAGCUCCGGGAGGGCCUUGUGGAGAGCCGCUAUUGGUCAGCCGUGACUUCGCACACAGCCUAUUGGUCCUCGCACGACGUGGCGCUCUUCCUGCUGACCUUCAUAUACAAGCAGAGGGACCCGCCCCCGCCCGCGGAGGACAGCCCCGAGCUCGAAUAAACACACACCACCUACUGAAACGCACGCGCACACACACGCGCGCACACACAGUCAGAACGCUACCUUUCUGGCUUCUGACUCUAACUCCCUCACUCUUUUUUAUACUUACUUCGACCUGCACUUACGCUAACACACGUGGACCUUGUAUCUCGGUAGGAGGGGGUCUGCUCACCCUGAGGGUGACUUGGUGGCCCCCGAGGAGGUGAAGGAGGGCCAGCCUGUGCCUGUGAGACCGGUCCCACACAGCAAGCUCUCUGGAGCAUGGGACCCAGCUGCAAACCUGGGGGUCUAGGGCUCCUCCUAGAGGCAGGAGAAAGAAGUUCAGCCCAGACCCAAACUCCCAUCUCUGUCUCUCCCAUAGGCUCUGCGUAACGGAGCUUGUGUGAUGCACAAGCUUGCACCUUCCAGUGUAACUUCUCUUCCUCUCUUGCUAUCUCUCUUUUUCUUCUUUCUCUCUAUUUCCCUGUCUAGAACUCUCUGCCUCUCUCUUUAACGACCUUUGCAUCUCAACAUUACCAAGCAAAACUCAAUGCAAUUUCCUAAAGGGGUCAAAAUAUUAUUUAUGUAGUUGAAUGUUAAUAUAUUUCCCUUUCAAAAGAA